GGGUAUUGGCGUGAAGGACGCGUUUUGGAGGCGCGAGAGAUGCAUCUUGAGCAGCCUGAGCGCGUGUCGGGGCCCACGAUUCGAUACCUUCUGGUUCGAACAUCAGAUGGUUGAAGGCGGUGUGCUUGUGUGUAUUCGGGGCUGCGGGGCGCUCGUCCAGGUCCUGGCUGGGACGUACUGGCACCACCGCUGUGGAAUUGGUGUCCUCGGCAGCCGCUUGGCGGCGGGCUUCGAUGACUUUUUGCUGCGCAAUGCGCUGCUUGCUUGCGUAACGAUUUCCGUCGUGAAGCCAUGCUUGCUUUUCGAAGCGCUUGUGGUUCUGCGUAUCGAGAAGCUGGUUGAAAGACUCCUGAUCUUCUGAGGUGUAUUUGGCCUGAAAAGCAUUCAAACUCAUGUCCAAGUCCACUUUGUCUAGUUUGCUUAAGCCUUCUUCAUCCUCGUCCUCUUCUUUGUUGUCACCUAUUUCUGUUCUAGGAACAGGAGUCAUAACUUCAGCCAACUUGUUUCCCGCCUCUCGAAUCCAUCUUUUGUCCUUGCUUUCCAGUGCGCUGAGGUAGUCGCGCUGAGCGUCAGUUUCGGCGAGCCCAGGGAAGAAGUCGCGUCGGAUGAUAUGAGAUAUGGCUGAGGUGUAUACAUCUUCGGGUAACACGACUGAAGGUCUUUUUAUACGCUUGGGUGCCGGAGGAGGUGGCAUGAGAGCCGUGGAGGCGUUACGCUUAGAGAGCGCUUUGGAAGUGUCGGAAGGCAUGGUCGUUGCUGGCGCAAAAAGGAGCCCGCGACGCGGGACAGAAGGAUUUCGAAUUCAGAUAAAGACAGUCAUAUAGAUUAGCGUAUAUAUGCAGUAAGCGGGCGUCUGAACGAGAUGCUUGUUUUCAAUGUUGUCUAGAGGUACAUGCAAGCAGGCGGCGGUAUGAGCUAUGAGAUCGGAAAUAGCGCCAAGCCCCGCCGAUCUUCAGCCCUAUCAGACUGUGAGAGGGCACCGUGCUCUGAAAAUGUUACUAUAGACGUCACUCCAUUGGCGAGCUCAUCACCGCAGUUUUGUCUUUGGUAUAAA